UAACUCAUGACGAAGACCUGAUCGACACGAAAUCCAUCUACUUUGCAAUGCUCGAGAUCGGCAUAUCUCUUAUCGCCGUCAACCUUCCCUCCCUCUGGAUGCUCUUCACCUCUGUCACGCCCGAGAAGGUCAUCCGCAGCAUCCGCAGCGUCAUUUCCCUCGGCUCCCUGCGCAGUCGUGGCAGCAGCCGUGGCGAUGUCGACAAUGUGGCAGGAAAGGCAAGCACAGCCGGCAGCACACGUCCCAGCGAGUCUUCUGGGAGACUACGCAACGAUGUGGAAGCUCAAAAGGCGGAGGUGUAUGCUACACCAGAUGAGAUUAGGCCACAUCAAGAGGAACUAGGAAACGGUGUGCACAUUCACAGCACGGUGUCGAUCCACCAUCAGCCAUCUGAAAAGUAAGCUGGUGGGACUCACCAAGACAGAAGUUGCCGUGUACAAAGGAAAACAGUUGGAGGGCUUGUGAACGAGUCCAUGGUGAAGAUGUGAUAAGUGUGGCAGGGCCCUUAUACUGCCUAGGUAAUAGGGUCUGGGUAGAUUUGUUCCUUUACUGGAACCUUAGAUGGCUGGACUGUUUCUUAUGUGUGAUUGUGUGGACGUGGCGUAAAAGGACGUCAUUGAGCCAGGCUAUACCCUUCUACAUAUUAUAUCUUUGUCGAGAUACUGAAUAAAACGCAGAUGUUUGAG